AUGGAGAAAUAUAAGUCAAACGGAGGAGAGCAUGUCAACGCAGCGUAUGAUCCGACGCUAGAUGAGCCUCCAAAUUACGAGGAGCCCGCACGCGCAGUUCGACCAUCGGUGGUGAGCGCGUUUGGGCACGAUACGUUGGACCGGGUGCCCAACAUUGAUUUCUACAGGAACGCUGGCAGUGUGAGCGGGCACAGGCAGGUCCGACCAUCACUACAGGAGCUGCACGAUGUGUUUCAGCAGAAGCAGAAUGGGCGUAUCUCUGUCCCGGACACAGUGCAGGACGACAGCGAGGGCAGUGACGAUGGGACUCCCUGUGAAGACCUGGAGUCCAACCCACCCGUCGACCCCAACGAAGGAGUGGUCAAGUUCGGCUGGAUACGAGGAGUCCUGGUGAGAUGCAUGCUGAACAUCUGGGGUGUGAUGCUGUUUAUCCGUCUGUCCUGGGUCUUUGGACAGGCUGGAUGGGGAUUGGGAAUAGUCGUCAUUGCUCUGAGUUGUGUCGUCACCACCAUCACCGCUCUCUCCAUGUCGGCCAUUUGUACCAACGGAGUUGUCCGAGGAGGUGGGGCGUACUACCUCAUCUCCAGGAGUUUGGGGCCGGAGUUCGGAGGCUCCAUCGGUCUCAUUUUCGCCUUUGCCAACGCCGUUGCCGUGGCGAUGUACGUGGUGGGCUUCGCUGAAACUGUGGUGGAGCUGCUGCAGGACAACAAUGCGAUUAUGGUGGACCCCAUAAACGACAUCAGGAUUAUCGGUUGUAUCACGGUGGUUCUGCUGCUGGGGAUCUCUGUGGCCGGGAUGGAGUGGGAGGCCAAGGCCCAGAUCGUCCUCCUUGUUAUCUUGUUGGUGGCCAUCGUCAACGUGUUUGUGGGAACUUUUAUCCCAGCAACUGACUCCAAGAAAGCUCAAGGAUUCUUCAACUAUAACAUAAAGAUAUUUAUGGAAAACUUCGCACCAGAUUUUCGAGGGCCAGAGAAUUUCUUCACCGUCUUUUCCAUCUUUUUCCCUGCUGCCACUGGGAUUCUCGCUGGGGCAAAUAUUUCUGGAGAUUUGAGAGAUGCUCAAGCUGCUAUCCCUAAAGGUACUUUGUUGGCCAUUCUGAUCACUGGUAUCACCUACUUGGGAGUCGCUCUGGUUGUCUCUGCCACAGUGGUGCGAGAUGCGACGGGGAACCUGUUUGAUAACAUCACAGCCGGGUCUAUGGAUUGCGCCGGCUCCUCUGCUGUCGCCGCCUGUGAGCUCGGAUUCAACUUCACCUCCUGCACUGACACUACAAAUACGUGCAAAUACGGCCUCAUGAACAACUUCCAGGUGAUGACCAUGGUCUCUGGAUUCGGUCCCCUGAUCAUUGCCGGGACUUUCUCUGCUACACUUUCCUCUGCCCUGGCCUCUCUCGUCAGCGCCCCCAAAGUCUUCCAGGCUCUGUGCAAAGACAACAUCUACAAAAUCCUGCACUUUUUCGCCAAAGGACACGGGAAGAACAAUGAGCCGAUCCGCGGAUACAUCCUCACCUUCAUCAUCUCUGUGGCCUUUAUUCUCAUUGGAAAUCUGAACACCAUCGCUCCGAUCAUCUCAAACUUCUUUUUGGCUUCAUACGCUCUUAUUAACUUCUCCUGCUUUCACGCAUCCUGGGCCAAAUCUCCAGGAUGGAGACCUGCGUAUAAAUACUACAACAUGUGGCUGUCUCUGCUGGGGGCCAUUCUGUGCUGCGUUGUGAUGUUUGUCAUAAACUGGUGGGCGGCUCUCCUCACCUACGGCAUUGAAAUCCUGCUCUACAUCUAUGUCACUGUCAAGAAACCUGAUGUGAACUGGGGCUCUUCGACUCAGGCUGUGACUUUUGUGAGUGCUGUGGGUAACGCCCUCUCUUUGUCUGGAGUGGAUGAUCAUGUCAAGAACUUCAGACCUCAGAUCUUGGCCCUGACGGCUUCAGUUCGGACCAGACCGGCUCUUCUGGACCUGGCUCACUCAUUCACCAAAACCUACGGCCUGUGUGUCACCUGUGAAGUGUUUGUGGGCCCGAGAUCAGAGGCGCUGGAGGAGAUGAACGCUAACAUGGCGAAGAACCAGCUGUACCUGAGGAAGGCCAAAAGAAAGGCUUUUUACACCGCUGUGGUCAGUGAGAGCUUCAGAGAGGGAGCGGUCGCACUACUGCAGGCGUCAGGUCUUGGUCGUAUGAAGCCGAACACUUUGAUGAUGGGCUUCAAGACAAACUGGAGGACAGUAGGAGCAGAGGCAGUGCAGAGCUACGUGGGAUUACUACAUGACGCCUUUGAUUUUGAAUAUGGGACUGUGGUGCUGAGGAUGGAUGAAGGAUUAGACGUGGCCCAUAUUGUGGAAGCAGAAGAUGAGAUGUUGAAGGCGGCGAAGGAGCAACAGGCUCUGGAGGACGAGAUGACGCCGAACGGAAAAGCCAAAGGAUUGUUCAGGAAAAGCAGGAACUCCUCACAGCAGGUGCUCACCACCAGAGUGUCUGUGUGCGGACCCCCUCCUCCGCAGGUCGCUCAGAUGAAUGAGAAGCUCGUUCAGGCCAGUAACCUGUUCAAGAAGAAACAGCCCAAAGGAACCAUUGACGUGUGGUGGCUGUUUGAUGACGGAGGUUUGACUCUGCUGCUGCCGUACAUUUUGACCACCAGAAAGAAGUGGAAGGACAGUAAACUCAGGAUCUUCAUCGCAGGACAACCUGGACGAUGCGAGCAGGACAAAAUAGAGAUGAAGUCUUUGUUGCAGAAAUUCAGAAUAAACUGCAGUGAUAUUACAGUCAUCGACGACCUUCACAUCAGCCCCAGAUCUGACAGCCUUAAGAAGUUGGAUGAGAUGAUCGCUCCUUUCCGUCUGAAGGAGAACUCUAAAGACUCGGCUCAAGCGGAGGCGCUGCGUAAACAGUUUCCCUGGAAGAUCACAGACGAGGAGCUCAGCACAUUUGAAGAGAAGACCAACCUGCAAGUGCGACUGAAUGAACUUCUCCAAGAACACUCCAGAUCAGCCAAUCUCAUCAUUGUGAGCAUGCCCAUCGCUCGUAAAGGCUCCGUGUCUGAUUUCCUGUACAUGGCGUGGCUUGACAGUUUGACAAAAGACCUCCCUCCGACUCUGCUGAUUAGAGGCAACCACAAGAGCGUGCUCACGUUCUACUCGUGA